UAUAUAUUUGAUUGUAAUGGCUGCCGUCAAUACCCAGCAGGUUGAUGAAUGUCCUAAGGAUUUAAUAUUCAAUGAAAUCAUAACAACAUUGCAAUGUCAUCCUACGCACAAUAUUGUAGCCUGUGGACAAAUAGGAGGGAAUGUUUUAUUACAAAGAUUCAGCCCUACAUCUAAUGGUGAGAAACUUCAUAAAUUUGUACAUCACAAGAAAGCAUGCAGAGCUCUCAGAUUUUCUAGCGAUGGAAGACGAUUGUUCUCUGCCUCAAAAGAUAAAUCAAUUUAUUGUGUUGAUGUUGAGACAGGCAAGCUUAAAAGAAAGAUAAAGAAGGCUCAUGAAUCCCCUAUUUAUAGUAUGGUUCAGACUGGUGAUACUUUUGUAGCUACUGGAGAUGAUGAUGGAGUUCUUAAAGUUUGGGAUAUGAGAUCAAAACAAGCCACCAUGGAGUUGAAAGAGUGUGAGGAGUUCAUUAGUGAUAUGAUUGUUGAAGAUAACAAGAUAAUUAUUGCAGCCAGUGGCGAAGGAACAUUAACAGCUUUCAACAUUCGUAGAAAAAGAAUGGAUGUUCAAUCAGAGUUGUUUGAUUCAGAACUUUUGUGUUUAGCAAAAAUGAAGGGUGGUCAUAAGCUCGUCUGUGGAACAGGAGAAGGAGUCUUGAAUGUUUUCAACUGGGGUGAAUGGGGAAACAUAAGUGAUAGAUUUCCUUGUGAUAAAGAACAGAUUGAUAGUGUGGUGCCUAUCACAGAUGACGUCUUAUGUAUUGGUACUAAUAAUGGUUUUGUAAGGGCUGUCCAUGUCUUGCCUAAUAGAGUUCUUGGGUUAGUUGGUCAACACACUGGUGACUUUCCAGUAGAAGCUUUGAGCCUCACUGCUGACAAAACCUGCAUCGCCAGCUGUUCACAUGACCAGCUAGUCAAGUUCUGGAACAUAGAAGAACUCAAGACACAGACGGUGGACACUAGUAAAAAGGCCUCUAAAAAUAAUAAAAGGCCUGUACAUUUUAGCAAAUCUAAGAACUUUUUUGCUGGCCUAGUGGAAGCAUCAGAUGAAAAAGCUGCUAAUGGUACUAGUGACGAUGAUGAAAGUGAUAGCGAUGAUAGUGAAUAAAAUUUCUUAUAAAA